UUGGUAAGCUCAGUGCGCAGUCGCGGGCGCCGCGUACAGUCAUCAACUCAAAUAGGUCAUAUAAACUAGCGUUUAAGUAGUUUAGUAAUAGUCGUUUAGGAAUUAGUGACAUUUGACACAAUAUGGCGUACAGGUCAAGCGUAGGAGUCGUCGUGCUGGCGUUCUUAGUCGUACUGGCAUCGUCAGCAGUGCCAAAGAACCCGCGCAAGAAGCCCGCCAACCCGCCGGCGCGUGCGCAGGCCGAGGCGGACCGCGACGCGGAGAUCACCAACUCCUGCCCUGACGAUGGAUUUUUCGCUGAUGCUGAGCAGUGCGACAAGUAUUACGAGUGCAGAAACGGCGAGAUAAUUGAGAAGCUGUGCCCAGACGGCAUGGUGUUCAAUGACUACAGUGCUGAUCAAGAGAAGUGCGACCUGCCCUUCAACCUGGAUUGCUCGCAGAGGCCUAAGCUCCAGCCCCCUAUCCCCGGCCUGCAUUGCCAACGUCAAAACGGCUACUUCUCCCACGAGGACCCGAAGGAAUGCGGCAAGUUCUACUUCUGUGUGGAUGGCAAGUUCAAUAUGAUCACCUGUCCUGACGGACUCGUGUACAACGACAAAACCGGCAUCUGCACCUGGCCUGAUGAGGCCAAGAAGAAGGGCUGUGGCGCUGAAGAGGUGUUCAAGUUCGACUGCCCACCUGUGAACGAGACCUUCGGCUUGACUCACCCUCGGUACGCUGACCCUGAGGACUGCCAGUUCUUCUACGUGUGCAUCAACGGCAAUACUCCUCGCCGCUCCGGCUGCAAGCUCGGCCAGGCCUUCGAUGAUGUGCACAAGAAGUGCGAGUGGGCGCGGAAGGUGCCCGAGUGCGCUGACUGGUACAAAGGUCAGCUGACAGAUGCUGAGUUGGAUGCCCUUGAGAACCCUCCCACACCGAAGCCCAAGCCGGCGGGGUCUCAGCCCUCGCGCCGCAAGCCGCAGCGCCCCGGCAAGGGGAAAUCAGCCCCGGCGCCCGAGCCAGAAGAAUAGUAAUAGCUAUGUUUUAGGAUAAUAAAUGUUGGUUAAGUACC